UGACUGGAGCUGCGGUCAAGUCGAUCCGUAUGUUAUUGCCGAGGAAUUCGCGACACUGUAGAUUCCGAUGGAUUAACUAGGGAAAAUGGGUGCCAAGGAUUCAAAGCCGAGCGUGAUUUCAUACGAGGACGCUAUUAAGCGAGUGUCCGAUGCUGACUUCAAACGGCUCAAAGAUGCGUUCAAGAAGAUUGCUGGCCUCAACAACUACUUAACCAAAAACGCCUUCAUUAAAGAUGUGCUUGGCGAAGGUGUGCCAGUCCCUGUCACAGAGCACAUAUUUCUCGCCUGCGGCGGCACAUCGAAGGGGAUCACCUUUUCCAACCUCCUCUGCGGACUGGUCCUACUCACCAAAGGGCGGGAAGAGGAAAAGAUCAAAUUCCUCUUUGGCCUCUACUCUAAUGAAAAUGGCACGUACAUCUACCGCGAUGAAAUGGUCAAGCUGAUUGUCAGCUCCGAGGGUCGGCCCAACGAAACAAUCGCUGCCCUUUUCUUUGAAAGUGAAAAAGUGACGUAUGACCAGUUCAAGGAAUGGCUCCUGAGGUUCCCACAAGCAACGGCCCUCUCGCAGUGGCUCCUUCUUGAACCUGCGGCCCCGCAAGCUUUGCCUGAUGCUGAUUCACCCACGUUCUACCAAACUCUGGCUGGAGUCACACACUUGGAGGAACACGAGAUUCUUGGUCUUGAGCCGAGAUACUGGAAACUACAAUCAACCUCUCCGUCAGGACAGCUUGACUUUGAAACUCUGAAGCCAUUGAUCACACCGCCAGUUCCUCAAACAGCAGUGGAUGGCCUGUUCAGAGCGUUUGACCAAAACCACGAUCAACAUGUGGACUUCAAAGAAAUGGCGUGUGGCAUUUCUGCUGCGUGCAGAGGCCCGCUGGCCGAGCGGCAAAAGUUUUGCUUCAAAGUGUUCGACAAAGACCAAGAUGGGCGAUUGAACCACGCUGAACUGCAACAAAUGGCAGACAUGCUACUCCUGGUGCGAGCUGAGAGCUGCGCAACGCCUGAUUACACGAGUUUGGAUUCGGUUGAAGCUAUUAUUGCUAGCUUGCAAAAGCAGGUGCCUGAUUGCCUGGAAAAUGGACUCACCGUGGAAGACUACUUGCUCUGGGCCGUCGACAACCCGCUUACCUCUCUUUUUCAACAGCUGAUUUUUCAGGUUUGUCAUGUGGUGCUUGGUCUGAGGCCGACGUCGCGGCAAGAGGAACAGGAGGUGGUCAUGGGUUGGCUUCAGAGGGAGGAGAGAAGGGGCCUCCUGCCCGGACAGCUGUGGUAUUUGAUUUCGUAUGACUGGUGGACCGCCUGGCUCGACUACGUGUCCAACUCGUUGACCAGAGGAGGCUCAGUGCCGCGGUUGACCAACGCCACUGAAAAUCCUCCCAGGAAGACUGCCAGCUCGAGUGCCUUGACACUUCUGGACCUGCCUUCUGGGAUGAGUCCCAGCAGCUCACCUGUUGCCUCCCGCAAAAACCUGCCCAUGGGCCUGCUGUGCCCGCGGCCUGGCCCCGUGGACAACACAUCGCUGGUGGUGCCGCCACCUGUCACCGGCAUCAAUAAAAUCCCACCCCUUACCGCCGAGGGUGGCAAACUGCGCCGCUCCAAUCUGGUCAAGGGCCGAGACUACCAACUGCUGCCGCUGGCUCUGUGGAAGGCGCUGGAGCAGUGGUACGGAGGCUCGCCCGCUCUGCCCAGGCAGGUGAUCCGGCCGACAGACGGAGCCGAGCCUGAGCUCGAGCUCUACCCCUUGGUGCUGAAGAUCAUGCGUCACCAGACCAACCCGAGACCACCAAACCAGCAGCAGACUUGGUCAGACGUCGUCGGCGGAUAUGGAGCGGCUGCAUUAGUGUCUGCGGGCUACGGCUACGUGCCGCAAAGUACGACUCCUAAGAGGUACGUAGCGUACAUGGCUGCCUUUUCAAAACUGGCCAACAUUCGGCAGGUGUACGAAUUUCUGUGCUCCACGUUGAAGCUCAGAGCUGAAGAUGUAAGACUGUGGCACUGCAAAGACGAGAUUAAUAUGGUAUUACUUGAAGAGGAGGAACUUUCGUUAGAAACUCUAGGCGUAGAAGAUGAUUCGCAACUGCUACUAGAGGUCAGAAACAAAGACUUGACCUGGCCUGAGGAGAUGGGCUCGCUGCAGCAACAGCAGCAGCAAAACAGCCGGCGCCAAAGCAUGCUUGGGCCCACUGAGAAAGGUGCCACUGGUCUGAAUAACCUGGGCAACACGUGCUUCAUGAACGCCGCGCUGCAGUGCGUGAGCAACACCAGACCUCUAACGCAGUAUUUUAUCAAAAACAUGCACUUCUACGAAGUGAACUACAGUAACGAUCUCGGGAUGAAGGGUAACAUCGCCAAGAAGUACGGCGAGCUGAUUCGCGAGCUGUGGAGCGGCACCGCCAAAACGAUACCUCCCCUGAAGCUUAGGAUGACCAUCAGCAAGUACGCGCCGCGCUUCAACGGCUUCCAACAGCAUGACUCACAGGAAUUGCUUGCCUUCCUGCUGGAUGGCCUGCACGAGGACCUGAACCGGGUGCACGACAAGCUUUACUCCGAGCUGAAGGACAGCGCCGGCCGGCCGGACGUCGAAGUGGCUCAGGAGGCAUGGGAGAACCACAUCCUGCGCAACAAGAGCAUCGUGGUGGACCUCUUCCACGGCCAGCUCAAGUCCAAAGUAAUGUGCAGGGUGUGCGGGCAUGAGAGCGUCCGCUUUGACCCAUUCAAUUACCUCAGCCUGCCGCUACCCAUGGAGAGCUGCGUCCACCUGGAGGUCAUUGUUGUAAAACUUGACGGUACUGUUCCUGUGAAGUAUGGCAUGCGGUUGAACACAGACUCGAAAUACUCAGCUGUCAAAGAGCAUCUGUGCCAACUGAUGGGCAUUCCUUCUUGCAAACUCUCCCUUGCCGAGGUUGCUAGCGCUCAAUUAAAGAUGACCUUUUCCGACGCGGACAAAAUCAGGCCGCAGUACGCAAGUCCGUUGUAUGCCUAUGAAUUGCCUGCCACCCUUGCCGUCCCUGAGGGCCUGGAGGACGAAGAGAGAAGCAGUCUGGGUAGUACCGGAAGUAGGAAUAGCGAGGCUCAGACGUUCACGCGAAUCCAGCGAAUGACUCGUCCACCUGCUGACCCAUCCUCAUUGCCUUAUUCCUUUGCUAAUGGUCCGUUGACGCCGUCGGCGAACAACCCGGCGAACGGCCCUCUGAAUGGUAACCGCCCACCCUCAGAGUCUGAGGUAAGGUGGCGCCACCUGGCAUGCAUGCCCUUCUGUUUUAAGUCACCGCCUUCGAUGGAGUUGCCCCGCAGAACGGAAAGCGAGUCCUCGCCCGACAGUGCCAUUUGCCGACUCACCCCUGAAUCGCAGGUCGGAGGCGACAAUAAAGUCAUUACUCACAGUUCUGACAGCCAACUGGGUGGAAGUAUUAGCGGCAGCAGCAGGGGCAGGGCGUCGCCAACACCGAGCCUUGGAACCAGCAGCUCGGACUCAUCCCAACACUUGCCAGGCGGAGACUGUGAUAGACCCAACUACAUUAUUGCUCACCAUCGUAAAAUGAUUCGGCAAGAAAACUACUUCGUGUCGUGGCAGCGAACUCAGCCCAGCCUGUUUGGCCUGCCGAUCUUGGUGCCUUGUGGACAGGGCACCACCCACAAAGCCUUGUACGAAGCUGUCUGGAUCCAAGUCGCCCGACUCGUCUCGCCCCUACCUCCAAGUUCCGCACCCAACCAUGCUCUUGACUGUGAUGAUAGCCUGGGAUAUGAGUUUCCGUUCGUGUUGAAGGCGGUCGCGCCGGGAGGCGUGCAGUGCUCUUGGUGCCCGUGGAACAGGUUCUGCAGGGGCUGCCGGAUUCAGUGCUCUGAUCUUGAGUUCAAUAACGCCUCCACUCACUUGGCCAUCGACUGGGAUCCAACUGCUCUUCAUCUCAGAUACCAGAAUUCUAAAGAAAAGGUGUUUGUGGAGCACGAGUCUGUAGCGAUAACGAGGCAGAAGCACUCGGAGCCAAUCGGCCUAACGCACUGCCUGGAAGCGUUCACCAGGGAGGAGCACCUGAGCGACGAGGAGAAGUACUUCUGUUCCACCUGCAAGGAGCGUCAGACAGCGACCAAGAAGUUGCAGAUAUGGCGGCUGCCUCCGAUCCUGAUCGUCCACCUGAAGCGGUUCCAGCUGGUCAACAACAAGUGGAUCAAGUCGCAGAAGGUGGUUGAGUUUCCGCGCAAUAACUUUGACCCUACCGACUUCCUGGCGUCGGUGCCGAAAGAGACGCUGCUGCGCCACUCAGAGCUUCUGGAGGAGGAGGCGGAGUUGCACUCUGGAUUGAGCAAUGGAUCGUCCCACUCGCGGCCCAGGGAGCGAGUCGAGUCCACCUCGCUGGCCAACACGCCAGUGGUGGACGGCGCCCUGCAAGACUUCCACCAGCACAAGUUGUUGGAUAACACCGACCCUUUCAAACUCAACUACAAGCUCUACGCCAUUGUUUGCCACACGGGAAUUCUGGGAGGAGGCCAUUACGUUUCUUACGCGUGCAACCCGAACGGCAAGUGGUACUGCUACAACGACAGCAGAUGCAGGGAGGUGCCGGAGGAGCAGAUCGACUCGAGUUCAGCCUACAUGCUGUUCUACGAGCGCGUGGGUCUGGACCACGACCAAUACAUGCCGAACGUGGAGGGCAAGACUCGCGACGAGCGCACCGAGUUCGAGGAUGACAUCGAAUCGGAAAUGCGCCGAAGCGGAAACAAUAACAACUGCGUCCUCUCCUAAUGCCACACAAAAAUCCAAAGAUUUUUCACACACACUCUCCGCGCACCUUCUCGCCUAAUCAAAAGCCUCGGUUGGUUCGUUUCGUCUUCACUCGCACUCUGUCAAGUAUAUUUUUAAUACUUUUUCACUGUUACAAUUAAAUUAGGAAAGAGGCAAGCCGCUUCUUUCGCCGUGAAGUUAGUUUCUAUCAAACAGAGUGGUCGGGACAGGCGCUCCUGCCGGCCGAACCAAAUUAAUUUGCUCAUUGUUUAUUUAUUGUGUAAUUACGUGUAUUUGAUUACUGGGACCACGCGAUAUUACUGACCUGGUCGUGUCACAUAUUAAACGGAAAAAUACGAAUCAUGUUCACCACGAUUGCUGUGCCAUGUCUGUACGUUAUCAAUUAAGAUGAGUGAUUACCCAAAUAUCCUUCCUAAAGUGAUACGAAGUUAAUUUUCUUCGCCUAGUCUCCGUUGCAGCCGCACACGCGGUCGUUAUUGCUGGAAAAGCACUUCUUUCAUUUAUGUUAUCGCGGUUACUCUGUGCUAUUAGUGUGUAUGUAUUCAAAAAGAGGAGAGUGACACGCGUCCCCCGAAUUUAUUGCUUGUUGACUGGAAUCGAAAUUCUGCGAUUGUCCAACUUUCAUUUUGCCCGCAGCUACCUGGAGUCUUUAUUUGUUGUUGAAUUUGAACAAAGCGCAUUGUUAAUCUUGAAAUAAAGAAAAAUAAAUCACACAUUCCUAAGCCUGAGAAUAA